CCUCCUGGGUGCAGAGUGCGUCUAAGAACCAUAUGAAUACCAAUUAUACAGUACUCAGAGAAAAACUGUGAUACAGAAAAAAAUUUGAAAUUUUGACUCGAACCAACGGUGGGGAUGCGAGUAAAGUAAUUUGCAUUUGGAUGACAAAGCAUCCUCGCAAAGUUGUCAGCUAGGUGUCGUCUUCGGAAGACGAAAAGCGGCGCUGACGAUGACCGGGGCGGCGGCGGUACCUGUGCGUUUUGGCUGCGACAUGAUCCUCUGGUCCAACGCCGCGGUGAGUUUUUGCUUAGUAAAAUCAUUGACGUAGCUACCGCAAAAUACUAUAGAUAAUAUCAUACGGAAUGCGCUAUUUUGAACUAGUUAAAGCGUAGAAUAUAGCUACUAAUCUGCCUGAAAUGCAACUAUUCUAGCUCCUAACUAAGGGAGUCGGUUUAGAUAGUCCCAAGCAGCUGGUGGCGUCGAAUAUCGGCAUCAGAUCUGGAGCCAGCACCGUCCUAUAGCAGCCCCUUAGUGCCCAUGUUGCACCAUCUAUGGUGCAACAAGGGCACUUCCUACCCUAGUACCGACCUGUAUACGCGAAUAUGCAGCAUUUUUGGGCUUCCGAUGCCUCCUCAUCCGGCUAGUUGAAAACUCCCUUAGUUGCGUGCUAAAAUAGUUGCAUUUCAGGCAUUUAUCUAUUGCUAAACUACUUUAGCCAGCUAGCUAGUUAACCUAUUAUCAAAAUCAAUGAAAUGCAUUCUAAAAUCAUAGAAGCAAGGUCAUCUAGAAGCGACCACGCCGGCUCCGCGCAGUGGUCCCGGAAUCUAAGCCACCACCUGCCGCGGCUGCUAUCGCUGCAGCCGGAAAACGACCACACUCAUCACCUUGACCACCUACUUACCUGUUCUCGGCGCCACUUGCGGCAUAUCUGCAACUGCAAGUUGUGUCAGUAGCCGCGCCCAAAUGCUGCUCUUUUCGGCGACACAAAAUUUCAAAUUUUUUUCUGUAUCACAGUUUUUCCCUGAGUAUACAGCAUCGCCACCUGCUUUGAGUACUAAUGCGGUGUCUGCAGCAGUCGAAGGGAGCGAGGAGAAAGAGCGGUCACGGCCCCUAACGCCGGUUGACACGCAGGUAAUUGUUGUUGGUGCCAAGAUGGCCCACAAGAACGGUGGCGCAAGCUGCACCGUUACUUCGGCGGAAAGCGUAGAUACUACGACCGAAAAGAAAACUACUGCCCCAAGAACAGGGGUAGAGCAGUCAGAGGACUUUACGUCGAAAGAACCGCA